AUGCUUUUGGUUUCUCGAACAAUUAGGGUUUCGAUUCGCACUUUGGAACUAGAUUAUCAAUCGGCUAAGAUUCCUUUGAAUUUGGAUUUCAGGAUGGACAACACUGACAUUGAAAUGGUAAUCAGCAUACCUGACACUCCAGAUAGGGCCGUACGGUGUAGCUCGAUGAGCAGAGAGGUUAAGAGAAGACCGCAUUCUCCAGAAGCACCGGUUAGGUACCAAAGAGAAGAGUACCGCAACGGCGGUAGAACCAGACAAGUCCCUCAAGUUGUGGAGAAUUCUGAUACACCUACUGAGAACGUACGUCGCUUUCGUCCUUCUGGAAGCAAUGCUCUGUUUAGGAGAGCUGCGGUUGAGAAGGAUAAAGGAAAAUCCAUCUGCACUGGUCCUUGCGCGGCUCCUGCUGAGAAAAUUCCAGUUUUGAAUCUAAAUCCACGAAAUGGAGCUGCUGCAUCUGAGGAUAUAAGAGAACACCGCACAGCUAGCGUUGAUUGCUCUCCCUUGCGAGGUGAUCAUAAGGGUAAAGGGAAAGUAGACUGUGGCUCUGUUUCUGAUAGAGAAACAAUUGACCUUUCCAGUGACAAGAAACCGAGUAGAGGCACUAAGAGACUGGUAAGGCAUGGCUGCAUUUCUCCACUUGGAAUCGCAGCUAGAGCUAGGCAAGCUGCUGCUACCAUUUCCGAGGAAACAGUUAGUGUUGAACACGAGAUAGCUCCUGAAACUGUAUCUUUGGAGAUUGUUUCUGAAAAUCGGAUGCACGCAAGAGCUAGAGGAAAAAGACCUGAAACUUCCUCAAAUAGGUUGGCAAGUAGAGAAGACUUGGAGAGGUGGGUUAGUACGCGUAACCGGGAGUUAAAUACCGACCAUGAAAUGAAUCGGAGGGGUGAGGAGAGUGACACACGUGGAAUUUGUAGCUCCGUUUCCCGACUCGACGUGCAGGAAACCGGUGCGAUUGACAAAGAAGUUAGACAACCACGGAGACGGAAACUUGGAUUUACUACUUCGAGAUCUUCAAAUGAGCCAGAUGUUUCUAUUAUUGGAUCUUCUGUGGAACCCUCUAGUUCAAGGCCACCGAGAAGUCAGAAUCAUCAAAGGCAAGGCACACAAGUGUUGGAGAUUGAUGAUUCAUCUCCCGAAGUACGAGUCUCCCGGGUUCCUAGACGCGUUGCAAACGAUGACUCUGAUGUUAAAGCAAGACAAAUGGAAGCAGAUGAGUUAAUGGCUCGUGAACUGCAAGAACAGAUGUACCAAGAAGCCUCAGUGAUUAGAAACGAGCAGAUUGAUGAAAACAUAGCCAGGUUGAUUGAACAAGAAGAGAAUGCUCUUCGUGCUUCUUCUAGUCGUACCUCUUCAACUCGUAAUACCAGAAGCUCUAAUACCGUAGCAGCAAAUCCAGGUGGGAGAAGUCGGCUGGAAGAACGACUGCAACAGAAUUCUUCUAGGAGGAGAUCGAAUCCUCCACAGCCUCGUCGUGCUACUGCUAGAGCGCCACCACGGGGUAGAGGUCACCGUUUAGGCCGUGCAUCUGCUUCAACACAGGCAGCUCUGAAUCUCAGUUUUCCAAAUUACAUGGGCGUAGAUUUGAGAAUGGAUCUUCUGGAGGGUCUAGAGACUCUAGAGAAUGCUAUUGGACACGCCAUGAACAAUAGUAGUCUUCUUCAUAUGGAUCGUGACUUUACUGAAGAUGAUUACGAAUUGCUGCUAGCUCUUGAUGAAAACAACCAUCGACAUGCUGGUGCUUCUACUCAUCGCAUUAACAACUUGCCAGAGUCCACAGUUCAAACCGAUAAUUUCCAAGAAACGUGUGUUAUCUGUCUGGAAACGCCGACGAUCGGAGACACUAUCCGUCAUCUUCCUUGUUUUCACAAAUUCCACAAAGAUUGCAUCGAUCCAUGGCUAGGACGGAGUAAAGCAUGCCCGGUUUGUAAAUCCUCCGUCACUUAA